AUGCCUGUAUCACAAUCUGUGGACCUUCUCAGUCCCCUCAGACCCACAAAUGCGGAACGAGCCGCUGUACUGGACCAACUUGCGUCCCUCGAAACACGGUUAGAUGACCUUGCACACCAAAGGAAUCUUGCACUCGCUCACCUUGAUUCUCUCGUAUCGGAAAAGUCACUUAUAGAGACCGAAAUGAUGCAUCGCAAGUCCUUUCUCCAUCCCAUCAAGUUUCUACCUCCCAACGUCUUGAUGCGUAUAUUCGAAAUCUACGUCGAAGCUCAACCGAAAGGCUUAGGAGUACUUCAAUGCGUCUCGAAGGAAUGGAACCACAUCGUCAAAAAUUUGCCGACGCUAUGGACUUCACUCCACAUCGUUGGCAUAUUCCGUGCCCACCAUGCGAACAGCUGGAAGAGAUAUAUCGACGCAUGCUCUUUGAGGAGUAAAAAACUGCCGCUAAAGGUGCGUUUUUUCUUCAAAGAAGAUCCGAAAGACGAGGGCGACACCUUGGAUCUCCAAGGCAAGACCGCCUUUGACUUAUUGAGCUAUUUGACCCUGUUUGUAUCAUCCCGUUGGGUCUCACUAGAAUAUACGUGGAUAGCAGGAGUAAGAGCAUUGGAAUACCGAACUCGCCUCCACAAGCUAUACCAGAUAAUCCGACAAGCACAAUGUCUGCAAGUCAUUCACCUUCGGGACUCAUAUGAACUCUUAUUGACAAACCUUUACACUCCUCCACAUUAUCACAAGCCUACAUAUGUGUCAUCUCUCCGGACCCUAGACAUUCAUGGUCUGCCGUGGAAUAAUAUGGUCCCAGAGGAUCCCCUACCAUCAAUACGCGAACUCACUCUAGAGUGGUAUGGCGGUAAGCCAUGGGAUGAUUUAAUGGCUUCACAGACACACUGGCUACAAUUAUUCCCGUUUCUGCGUUGCCUAACUCUACGUGCCUCCAAUAGGCUUGCACGUUUUGACGUUCUCUCGAGAUUCCACCCCAUCCCUUACACGGCAUCAGACCUGCAAAUGCUAAAGAUCGUCGGGCCGGUGCCUCCAUACGUGUUGAAGAAUCUUCAUCUACCAGCACUAGAAGCCUUGCAAAUCUAUGAAAACAAAGGAGGUGAGCAUAUUCUAGAAGAGGAGAGAUGUAUUACAUGGUUCUAUGUCGUUUAUGAUUUUGGCCAUGAUAUCAUGCCACAGCUAGUUUGCCUCGGACCCGAAUUAUCUUAG